GCGUCCCCACACGGGACCUGCUCAUGGCGGCGUGACUGCCGGCUGACAGGCAAGGACGCGGGCGUCGCAGAGCCUCACACCGCGCCGGAGCUCCGUGCAGGCCACUCGCAGCAGCGCGCGCAAGGAGAUCCACUGGACUGGUGGCAGACCACUGUCAUCUACCAGGUGUACCCGAGGUCCUUCCAAGACAGCGACGGAGAUGGCACAGGUGACCUGAGAGGAAUCAUCCAGAGACUGGAGUACUUCAAAGAUUCAGGAAUUAAUACAAUAUGGAUCAGCCCUUUUUAUGAUUCACCAAACGUUGAUUUUGGCUACGACAUUUCAAACUUCACACAUAUUGAUCCUUUAUUCGGCACUAUUGAAACAUUUAAUGAACUACAGUCAAGAUGCAAGAAAUUAGGAAUCAAUCUUUUAAUUGACUUAGUUCCAAACCACACAAGCAAUGAAAGUGUGUGGUUUAAGAACUCAGUUCAAAAGAUUGAACCGUACACAGAUUAUUACAUAUGGGUUGAUCCUAAAUAUGACGAGAAUGGAACCAGGCUGCCACCUAACAACUGGGUGAGCCUUUUCUUGGGAACAGCUUGGGAAUGGCGAGAAGAGAGACAGCAGUAUUACCUUCACCAAUUCGCAGUCCAACAACCUGACCUAAACUUCAGAAACCCACUUGUGGUUGAAGAGUUUAAGGCCGUGAUGAGGUACUGGCUGGAGGAAGGCGUGGACGGGUUCCGCAUGGACGCAGUUCCGUUCCUGUUCGAGGACGAGCGGCUGCGAGACGAAGAGCUCGUGGGGGACCUCAGCGCCAAGUCGACAUCCGAGGAGUACCCGGACCGCUACCACACCCAGAACCUCCCAGAGUCCGUGGAGAUGGUGCAGCAGUGGCGGGAGCUGGUCGACCAGUACACCGCCAGGGACAACCGAACAAGGCUGAUGGUGACGGAGGCCUACGCCAAAGUGGACAAGACGUUCCAGUACUACGGCACCGAGGAUCGACCCGGAGCGCACUUCACCUUCAACUUCUUCCUCAUCCAGAUGCUGGACCGCUCCUCCGGGGCGGCGGCCUUCAACAGGACCAUCAACACGUGGCUGCAGAACCUGCCCGAGGGCCGCUGGUCCAACUGGGUGAUGGGGAACCACGACAACGGGCGGGUGGCGAGUCGCUUCCCGGGGCUGGCGGACGCCCUGAGCGCGCUGGUGCUGUGGCUGCCCGGCACGGCCGUCACCUACUACGGCGACGAGCUGGCCAUGGAGGACGCGCCCAUCAGCUACCAGGACACCAUCGACCCCCUGGGGUGCGCCGCGGGCCCGCAGGGGUACUUGUCGCAGUCGCGCGACCCGGCCCGCACGCCCUUCCAGUGGGACGACUCCGCCAGCGCAGGUUUCUCGAGCAGCGAGGCCACGUGGCUGCCGGUGCACCCCAACCACAGGCAGCUGAACCUGGCGAGGCAGAGGCAGAGCGACGACAGUCACUACCGGGUGUACACGAAGCUGGUGGCCGAGCGGCGCGCCAGGACCUUGCAGAGAGGAUCAGCCACGGUCGACGCCUUGUCUGACAACGUGCUCGCCUUCGUCCGGGAGUUGGCCGGAGAAGACACCUACUGCGUGGUCAUCAACAUGGGCAACUCGUCAGAAACAGUCGACCUGACAGCGGCAUUUCGGAACAUACCCUCUAGGCUCUCCAUCGUCGUGGCCAGUGUGGGCUCCAGCUUUGCCCGAGGGCGCGUUGUCAGCUCAACAGAGAUCACUCUGGCUGAAAAGGAAUUCGUUGGCCUGAAGAGUUCAUCAGAACUGUGUGAUAAGAGCAUGCCUUUACUUGUAUAACUAACGUUAAGCUUUCAUGAAUACUUUAAUCUUUAGAUCUGAAAGGUAUUAUUUGUAUGAGACAUUAAUUGCAGAUAUAAUUUUUUUUAAAUAAGAUGUGUCAUUGUUUAAAAAAACACAAGUCACUUAUACAGUCUUUUUUUUUUAGGAGAAAAUACUAGUUAUAAGUGAACUUGUUCAUUCAGAAUAUCAUAAAAACGAAAAUGGUGGGUGUGGCCAACUUCUAAAAAAUUUAGGGCCAAUAAAUCAUAAAAAAAAUUAGUGGACUAGUUUAAAA